AUGUCAUUAGCACAGGCAACAAAAGGCGACAUGGCCUAUCAAGUGCGCUCGCUCUACCGUUCCCUCCUGCGCCAGAGCAGCCAGUUCGCCGCCUACAAUUUCCGCGAAUACGCCAAACGGAGAACUCGCGAUGCGUUCCGGGACAGCAAGAAUGUGACAGAAGAGCGAACAAUACAAGAGCUGGUACAGAAGGGCUUGAGCGAAUUGCAAAUGCUGAAGAGGCAAACGGUGAUAAGCCAAUUCUACCAGAUCGAUCGAUUAGUCGUCGAAGGAGGGAAAGAGGGCAAGCAAAAGGGUAACAGAAAUGGCAUCGUCAGAGUGAAGGAUCAGGGCUGGGACUGA